UUUGUACUUUUUUUCUCUCUCGUUGUUUCCUUUUCUUUAUGCUGUCCCUUGUUCUGUCUUAUUAUAUGCUUAUCAAUCGACUGGAAAGCACUUUGAACUACACUAACCUGUAUGAAAGGAUGGCCUCAUUUGGGUGGAAGAGGAAAGUUGGCGAGAAGGUGUCAAAGUCAGCGGUGCAGCAGUUCGAGGCUGAGGCGGAGAAGGCUCCAGAUGACGGGGGAAAACAGGACGAGGAGGUGGACUGGCUGCACGCCAUCAAACGACGGCGGGAGGUCCUGCUGGAGGACUGUGCAGCUAAGAGCAAGAGACUGAAGGAUGAAGGUGCUGUGUUGGCUGAGCAAGGCAGGCACUGGGAGGCCAUCAAGAAGUGGGACGAGGCCAUUCACCUGACACCAGAAAACUCGUCACUGUAUGAGAUGAAGUCUCAGGUGUUGACCAUCCUGCAGGAAGUCUUCCCAGCUGUGAAGGCGGCAGAGAUGGCAGUGAAGUUCCGCCCUCUUUGGUGGGAGGGCUGGCAGACUCUGGGCCGCGCCCAGCUCAACCUGGGAGAGGUGGAUCUGGCUGUGAGGUCCUUCCAGGUUGCAAUCCACCUGUGCCCAUCAGAGCGCACCCUAUGGCAGGAAGACCUGUUGUGGGCAUCGAGGUUACAGGAGCAGCAUACGGCAAACAAUGAUAAGAUUCGCCAAGAGGAGGAGACCAAAAACCAGAUCCUUAAUGCCCCGGAGCUCGAGCAGGACUAUGACUUCGAGUCUGACGAGGUGCUGGCCGCCUGCGUUGCGGUCGCCGAGCGAGAGACACGCUAUGAGGAGCUGAAGAGGACAGCUGUGGUUAUGGACGCUGAGGGAAAUAUAAAAAAUGUACUCACUGGGGAAGAGGGAUCCGAGGACACAGUGACACCAUCAAAGGAGCAGUUUGUCAAAGCAAGAGGACUUUGAACUCGUCUCAGCUGAAUUUAUUGUCCUGGUUACAUUUUUUAGUGCUGAAUGGUGAGAAUCAGAUCAGAAGCCAGCACGAUGAGAACUGACAAAUUCUUGUAAAGUGCAACAGAUUGAAAUAACAUUUUAGUUGUACUCGUGUUCUACGUUUUCCAUCCGUAUAAUGUUCAUUUACAGAACAUGCAAAUUGGUAUGCAUGCUUUAAAGGAGUAGUUCACAUUUUUUUGAAGUGAAGUUGUAUAAGGUACUUACCCAUAAUACUAUGCUUGCUGCGCACUGUAUAAUCCUGCAAAUCAGCUGAUUCGGUCAGAGAGUGCAUACAGUGAAUGGUAUGCAUAGAAAUAUGGAAGUUUUCUGGUGUAGUUAAUGUAGAAGUUUUAGUUUCCAAUGAAAGGGCUGUCUGAUGGCAAGGUGAAAAUAUUCUGAAUAUUGCAUGCACUUAAACUGAUUUAGUUUGUCUUAAGUGAGCCUUUAGUUCGUUUUCUAAAAUACAUUUUACUGCUGGGCCCAUCCACAGCAAUAAAUUGCUUAGUUUCCAUGCCAGUACUCUUGUCUGCUUCUCUAAACUGGGAGCGUGCCGACCCAAAUCUACUGCAGGUAUUCACUGACUAUGGAUAACUACUUCAUACAACCCCACUUGGAAAAAAAAUCAAAAAUACAAACUAUCCCUUUAACUUAACAUGCUCAAAGAUGAAAGAUAUUUCAAACUCAUUUCUGGCUCAUUAAGUCACAUUAAACUUUAGACUCAUGUUUCAGUCAGUAAACAUCUACCCUCCACUGAAAAAGAGAUUUAUGUUCACAUUUAGGAAAGUAACAUCAGGAUACUAAUGUGCAGCAAUAAACUUUAACAUCCUCUAGUUGUAGUUAUGUUUCAUGUGGACAAGACACAAUAACACUUUAAUAACUAGUGUACUCUGCGGUUACAUUACAAUCUGCUUUCCGACAUUCUUCCCACUGCUUGAUAGACUCCGAUGGUUCAGAUGGAAAUAAAAACAUUUUAAACUGCGGUUGGUCGAAAUUGGCACAUUUUUUUUGGCUGAUUUUCAAUUGGAGUCACUUGUAAAGUUUGAACACAGUUUACCCAAUAAAACUUCAAAUAAAGAAAACAAAGAAAAAAGGGAAAUAGCAAAUAUGUGGAACAUGAUUAAAGUAUUGGAAAGCAACCCACACUGAUGUAAAACAGUAGUUCUCUGCGUUAGCCAGAAAAUCCUGGGAAAAUCAAGGCACUUAUUGAAACCUGAUGGCACGACCUGUGAGGUGCACGUAACUUUGUGUGACAGUUUGUAGCUGGAAAAAAAGGAAAUUAAUUUGUCAAUAAGUGAAUAAAUGUGAAUCAGAAUGUGUCACAGGUCUCAGUUUUUCCUGCACUUUUCUUUUUGGGGGGACCAGGGGGAUGAAUUGUAGAAUAGUUAUAAGAAUGAACCUCACAAUGUAUUUAGCACCUAGAGCAAAGUAACAAACUGCUUCAUAAUAAAAAUAUUUAAAUGAA